UUCAAACACAUUUAAUGUAACAAUGUUGCACAUCAAUGGUGAUCUUGCUGAAAUUAAGGAAUUCUUUAACAGUAUCCCAAAACUUGGUUUAGGAGAUACAUCCAUGUCUCAACUGUCUCAGGCAUCUGGGAACUCACAGAUGACCCCGUACGACAAGUUUAUGCAUAAGGCUGUUGUACUCCCUCUAUGUGAUAUUAUAAAGCUGAAUACUACCACUCAAUGUGUCACCGUUGGUAAAAUCAAACAACUUAAAGCUGCACAAGGGGGUUGGUAUUACCUCGCAUGCCAUGCUUGUCCAAAGUUUGCAAAAGGAAAUCAACCGCCUUAUGUUUGUAGCAACGGACAUUCUACGGAAACUGAAAUUUUAAGGUAUAGAAUUCUAAUUGAUGUUAUCAACAAUGGAUGUCGAGCUACAUUUGUUCUAUGGGACCGCGAGUGUACAGAACUUCUGGAAGUUACAGCAGCUCAGAUGCGUAACACCCUUCUUGAGGCUGGGGUAACAAACCCAUUGGAAUAUCCUGUAGCAUUGGAUUCUUUGGUUGGCCUGAAAUUGGGAUUUAAGGUCAAAUGGCAACCUGAUUGGGAUAACGGAACAGUUGUUUCUAUAUACAGGGAUGAAGCUGUGAUGUUAAAGCUUUUACACUCAUUUGGACAAGAAAUGGCUCCAUCUCCAUCCCGUGAAGCUCCAAGCAUCAAGCAGCUGGAUGAGAGUGUCGACGAGGCUAUACCAAUUGAGGACUGGACUGUGGUUGCCGUAAGGAUUUGUUUCAUAUAUUUUUAUCGAUUAUAUUCUCAGCUAGUUUCGGACUCUCAGCAGGAUGCUGAAAUUACAUCAGAACUUAACCCUCAACCUGUUACGCCAACCUCCGCCACUAAAAGAAUUGCGCCUCCUAAUUCUACCGAAGAUGCAGCCAGCUUUGAAAUUCAGCAGGGAGACCAUUCCUCCACGAAAUUGAAAAAAAUUAUCAAGAUGGAGAAAACUGCUACAUGA